UUAGGGUUUCUCUCUUUAAGCUCUGCCUCCGGCCGCCUGUUGGUGUGUUUAUGGUGCGGUGUUUCUGGUUUGGCUGUGGAGCUGUGAUGAUAAAGGCUGAUAAAGGCUGGUAAAGGCUGGUAGAGAGGGAUUUGUGAGGUCUGUGGCCUUGCAGUUGCAGUGUCCGGCUCUAAACUGCUGUAGUUGAAGUGCAGAUGGCCGAGGCGCAGCAGGCCCGCGUUCAGAAGGCUGUGGAGGAGAUGGUGCAGAGUCUGGAGAGAGAGCAUAUCCGCAAAAUGCAGGGACGUAUGUUUCGAUGCAGUGCGGACUGUUGUGAGCGUUCUGCUGACUCGAUGAGCCAGGUACACCAGUGUAUAGAAGUCUGCCACGCACCUCUGGCUAAGGCUCAGGGAGUGGUCACUAAUGAGCUUGAGAAGUUCCAGGAUCGUCUGACACGAUGCACCAUGAACUGCAACGACAAAGCCAAAGACCUGUUUGACUCUGGAGCGAAAGAGGCAGCUGUGCGCUCUCUGAUGGAGAAGUGUGUGGGCAGCUGUGUGGACGACCAUCUAAAUCUGCUACCCAGCAUGACCCGCAGGCUGAAGGAAAGCCUCCAGUCUAUAGCCCAGUGAACCUACAGCUUAAGUACCAUUCAUAAUAGUUUUGUGAAGGAAUAUUCAAAGAAUGAUUGUUUAAUGAUGGACUUUGAUGUCUGUUUUCCCCACAAAGUUGGGUAUCUUCAUCACUGACGCCGUACUGUGACUUCAUACUCGUGUUGUGAUUGUUUUUACCGCAACUGCUGUUUUUGUUUUUGUACGGACAAUAAAAAUAUUACAGUGAAAUGAAA